UGUAGACAUCCACAUUCACAGUGAAAAACCAUACGUUUUGUUUGGCGACUAAACUAUUUAUAACUUUGUUCACAUUGUUCAGUUGAAACAAAUUUUCUAAGCGCCUGAAAAUGGCUGCUAACAUAAUUCUUCGCAUGAUCCACUGGGUUCGCGCACAAGUUCUAUACCAAGCAGUGCUAACGUUCAUCGGAGUGUCGAUUGUGAUUCCAACGGUGAUCUACUUCAUCGUUGUUGAUUUGGCCGAGGAACCCACCGAGGAAAUCAGUACGUGUGUCAUUCAAUACGACUAUAGGGUACCAUGUGGAUUUGUCCCCGGUCGCGAAAUGGGCAAUCUUACGUCUUACGACUGUCGGAAAAUGGGCUGCUGUUUUGAUGAUUUUACCAAAACAUGCUUCCAUUAUUUCCCAUCAAAAUACGGAUAUCACAAAGUUGAAGAUAAAGCAUAUUACACAUCCAAACGGGUGCAGACGCCAUUGGGAAAUCCUAUGUAUGCAAAUGUAUCCAUUGCUAUAACCUCAAAUGAAAACUACAUUGAAGCAUCUUUAAAAAGAAUUCUAAUCCCACAAAGGGCUAAAUCUAGAAAUAUUAGAAACUUUCCUGAUUUAACAUACAGUUUAUCAGAAACAGAUCUUGCAUUAAAUAUUUACAGAAGUAAUUAUCCUGAUGUGAAAAUUCUUGAAACUUCACGAGGACCUCUCAUUGCUUCAGAUGGAUAUUGGGAGUGGACUGUGCAGUUGACCAACAGAAACGGUACAAUGUAUGGCCUAGGAGGUUUAGAAAUAAUUGGAAAUGUUACCAAAGUAAUUCAUAAAAAUGAAAUAGAUCAAAGCAAUAUACCGUUCUUCAUCGCACAACAAGAAACACCAAAUGGCGUCGAGUACCAUGCAUUGCUAGUAGAACAUCAAGGACUAUUAGAAGUACAAGUACUUGAAUCAAAGUUGAUUAUCUUCAGAGCUCUCAACGUAAGUGAAACAGGACUCACAUUGAAAUUCUUCCCUGGGCCAACAUUAAAAGACAUUCAAAAACAAACCGCGCUUAAUAAUCAACCAGAAACUAUUCCAAGAUGGCUGCUUGGAACACAUAUAUGUCGAAACAAUGUCACUGAUUUAGGUACAAUGUUACUAGAAUUUGCAAAUGAGCAGCAAUUCAACACAUUACAAGCUGAUUCUGAUUGUUUCAACGAGUUGUUGAUGAUUCUAUUAAUCGAAAUGUACGACGAUCAAUUACCAGCAAGGAAAAGUCAUACGAAAGAUAUGAUUGCACAAAAUCUCCGGACGAAAUUUGUUUUACCUUUAACUCCACAUAUUCCUAUUGGUGUAGAUGCUACUGAAACAGAAGAAGCAAGAAAUUAUUCAUUGUUCACCACUGCGUUUGAAAUGGAUGUUUUGUUAAAGAAUGAAACCCAAAUACAAGUUGGGGACUACAAAAACAGAAAGGUUGCAUUUUUUGAUCCACGGUCAGCAAAUGCAGUGGAUUACCUCAAGAAAUUACUAGACGCAGUAGAAGAAACAAUUAUACCAGUGUCAAAAAUCGAUGGAGUGUUUCUAUUGGAUAAUUGGCCUCAGGAUGAUUCAUACAACUUCACAGCUGAAACCCAAGAACUUUUAUAUUACAAUAAUGAAAUUGCAAUGGCACUGAAUAAAACACCGCCAAUGUUAAUGACAGAUCAAGAGAAUUACGUACGUAAACAAGUAGAAGUUGUUCGUGCAGCUAUUAACAAAGAUAUACCAAUUUUAAGUGCAUCACAUUAUUAUGAAUAUCGUAGUCCUCUACUCCCACAACACAUAAAUAAAUCAUGGGCGAAUUUGAAGGAAUCAACAACACGUGCAUUAUUCACUAAUAUUUUCAUGCAUCCGGUUGCUUUAAGUCCAGUUUGUGGUACGGAUUCUUGGCUGACAGACACUGCCCAUGAGAAUGAACUUUGUGCAAGAUGGUUUAUCAAUCAGGCGACGCUUCCUGGGCAACGAAUGACUAUGAAUUGGUACACGCAUGAAAAUUUCACGUUUUCCUCACGGAAUAUCGUUGAUAAAGCCCUGGAGUUGAAGCAGAUGUUGAGUUAUUAUCAAUACACACAUCUGCGUGAAAUUGGUCACACUGUUUCACCAAUGUUUAUGGAUUUUCCGGAUGAUAAUGUUACUUGGUCCCUGGAUGAUCAGUAUAUGCUUGGGAAUUUAUUGGUAGUGCCGAUUUUCUUGCCACAGACUACAAUGCGACGCUUUUACCUGCCGUCAAAUAUUUCCUGGUAUGAAUUUUGGGGUGGAUUGAAUUAUAAAAGUGGAUGGACGAAUAUGAGUGUCUCCAAUGAUGAGAGGAUGAUAUUCGUGAAGGAAGGGACUUUAGUUCCUAUCUUAAAAGAAAAGGACAAAGAAUUGUACUUUGAGUUAAAAGUUUAUAAAAGUUGCAACGUUGGAAGGGACAGUAUCCAUGGAACAAUACUUUUUGAUGAUUACGUUUUACAACUCUCAGUUUUUGAUCGAUUUAUAGAGGUUUCCAACAUUCUUAAUGUACAAUUAGAUGUUGAUUGUACUGCAGAGAUUAAAAAUCAUGCACAUAGAAUUAAAAAACUUCAAAUGUUUGAUUGUAAAAGUAAAGAGAUUGUGUUUGAGUUUGAUUUUGAUAUAUGUAGCGAAACUAAUCAAGACACAGAAAAAAUUGUUAUAAAUUAGUUAAUUUUAAGUGAUAUUUAAGUAAUUGUUUAAUCUAUGUACAUAUAUUUAUAAAAAUCAAUAAAUUAUCUCAAUAACUA